AAACAGAGCCAUUGCUGACUAUCUCCACACAAACGGCUUUCUGAGUUCACUAGAACAUUUUCAAAAAGAGGCUGGCAUGCCACAAGAGAUAGACAAGAAAUUUAAUGGUCUUUUGGAAAAAAGAUGGACGUCUGUGAUAAGGCUUCAAAAAAAGGUAAUGGAUCUAGAAACCAAGCUGGCCGAGGCAGAGGAAGAAGUCAACAGUGGAGCCCCAACUAGAGACCGCCGCUCCCCUGGGGAGUGGAUACCUCGGCCACCGGAACGCUACUGCUUGACGGGACAUCGCAGUCCUAUCACACGUGUGGUGUUCCAUCCGGUGUUCAGCCUACUGGUCUCCAGUAGCGAGGACGCCACCAUCAAAGUAUGGGACUAUGAAACAGGGGACUUUGAGAGAACCCUGAAAGGUCACACAGAUUCAGUUCAAGAUGUUGCUUUCGACAGCAU